AUGCGCCCAUUGCGCCCAUUGCGCCCAUGGCUGCUGCUUCUCUCCGUGAACUCCGUCGCAUCGGAGUUCUCGGAGUUCUCGGAGUACUUGAACGAGUUCUCGGAGUUGGCGGAGGCGUACGUUCGGCGCCUGGCGAAGGUGCCAGACUGGCGCCAGAUCCCCGGGGACACGGACUGGUUCGAAGGCUGUGGCUACGGCAACUACGACAUCCGCGGCGCCAUCGCUGCGGGCCUGGAGCACAACAAGGUUCGCAAGCACGUGGCGAUUUGUUUGGGUCACUGCGGCCCGCCGUCAUGUACGCUGAAGAUGGCUGAGUCCAACUGUAAUUGCUUGCACUGCACCAUGUUCUGCAUGUCGCGUGCCUCCUAUGUGGAUUCAUGCCUCAACAACCACACCCGCGACUUGUGCUUGGGAUUCCAGAGCAUCAUAACGGCUGUGACAAAUCAAACCUGCAACCCGGACUGCAACGGCACAGCUCGGCUGCUCCUGGGACACGUGGCGCUCUUGCUCAUGCUGGUGAGCUGGUCCAGAUAA